AGAAAUCAUCGCAAAAAAUGUCUGGACGAGGAAAAACCGGAGGCAAAGCCAGGGCUAAGGCCAAGACCCGCUCUUCUCGGGCCGGGCUUCAGUUCCCAGUCGGCCGUGUUCACAGGCUGCUCCGCAAAGGGAACUACGCUCAGCGUGUCGGUGCCGGAGCCCCCGUGUACCUGGCGGCGGUGCUGGAGUACCUGACCGCUGAGAUCCUGGAGCUGGCUGGAAACGCUGCCCGCGACAACAAGAAGACCAGGAUCAUCCCCCGCCAUCUGCAGCUGGCUGUCCGCAACGACGAGGAGCUCAACAAGCUGCUGGGCGGAGUGACCAUCGCUCAGGGCGGCGUGCUGCCCAACAUCCAGGCCGUCCUGCUGCCCAAGAAGACCGAGAAGCCCGCCAAGAAGUAAACAACCCAGGCUCUCCCUCUCUGACUGCUGGACACCAGCCCCCCAAAAGGCUCUUUUAAGAGCCAAACACACUCCUGAUAAAGAGCACUGAUUCC